AUGGCGGAGUCGGUGAUGGUGUAUGCGAGCCAUGGAUCGUCAGACGCUCGACACACAGCCUUGGAGAUGCACGCCAUCCGCAUGAUCAUCGAGCGAGAAGCAUGCUUGGAAGCACUGGAGCAGCUCGCGGACGAGUUUGCGUCGAUCCAGACCAAGAAGGCCCGGCCGUGGAAGCUCGUCCAGAACCUCACGCGCCAGUACCGCAAGGCCAGCGUCGCGGCCGUGGAAGGGAUCCGCAAGUGGCAGGUCGGCAUCGGCACCCCCGACGCGGUGUUCCUCUGGAAACAGACCAACUACCUUCGCAAGAUGUGCACGGACACGGCCUUCUUCAUGACGGCGCGGGAAAUGUGGAAAGACAUUUCAGUCCCAUUAGCAAACAACCCGCUCCUGGCGCCGAUCUCGCUGACGGACCCGCUGCUGCAUGAAGACGACGUGGCGCUCCUCGAAGGACUUCGACGGGCAGAGAAGAAGAUGGACGACGAGCAGGGGAAAGGUGCAGGUGUGGAGGUAGAACGCCUCUGUGCUGCGAUGCAAUCGCUCUUUGCCGAGCUUCAGCACGUGCAUGUGGUUGAUCGGCCGUCGUCCGCCGCGCCUUUGGCGGCGACAUCAGUGAAGAAACCGGUUACCAGGGAUGAGAGCACUCUGGACACUACAUCCGCGACCAUGCAGCGCCAUCUCGACCAUGCACGGCAAGUGCUCGUGACGAUGGAAGGGCGACGGAAGGAACUCGUGGAACAGAUGCAGAUCGUCCAGAACAAGAUGGAUAAUGCAUCGACGAUGGCGCCGAGCAAGGCAAGGGCGCUACAGACCAAGUACGGUGCAUGGAACAACGAGCUCAAGGGACUCAUGGGUGACAUGUUUAAGCGGCGGAACGAGCUCAUGCGGCAGGAAGCAGCGUUCAAGAUGCACACGGCCAAGAUGAAACCCAAAGCACCUGCUUUGAUUGACAAGGAUCUGCAGGACGCAGUGGAAGCGGAUCGCUUGGCGCGGGACAAGCGGCUGGCGUCCCUGCAACCUUCUUCCAAGCAACAACUCUCCAGCAUGACCGAGGCAGACGUGUACGACCUCAUCAAAGCGCUCGGCCUCGAGUCUGCCGCCGAGAAGCUGCGGAGCAUGGGCAUCGACGGAGGCCUCCUCGCAGUGAGCACCGACGAUGACCUCAUCGAAGUGGGCGUGGCCAUCCGACUCCACCGCGUCAAGAUCCUCCGACACGUGCAAUCCCUGCUUCAAUGA